AUGCCGCUUCCUGUCCGCCGCACCACCGUCACGCCCCGCCCCGCCACCACUCUGGUGCCCGCCUCUGAGCAGUUUGACCUCCCACUCACCACGCCCCAGCGCCUGCACCUGAUGCCGCAUGGCCCCUGGGAUGCGGCAGACGGCGGCGUGUGCGCACCGCUGGGCUUUGCCGCCCAAGGCCUGUAUGCCGGCCUGCGCCAGGACAGCCGCCGCGCAGAUGUGGCGCUGCUGGCCUCCGACCGCCCCUCCGCCGCCGCCGGCUGCAUGGGCGACACCGCCGCCGCCGUGCUCAUGGUGGUGGCAGAGGCAGGCAAGCAGGGGGCCCCGGCUGGCGGCGCCGAGGCGAUGCGUGCCUGCCGUGACGAGGUGGGCGCUGCGCUGGGCGUGGACCCGGCUCUGGUGGAGGUGCAGGCCUGCGGCGGCGGCGGCGGCGGCGGUGGCAGUACAAGCGGCCUGGACCGCGUGCUGGCGGCGGUGCCGCUGCUGGCGGAGCGGCUGGAUGGCGGGGCGGAGGCCUCGCACCACGCGGCGUGCGCGGCGUGCGGGGAGGGGUCUUGGGACACAGCCACUAAGGAGGCUGCGCUGGAGGUGCCGCUGGGGCGCGGCGGCAGCGCGGUGCGCCUGGGGGGCAUGGCCCACGCCUCGCCUGGGGGCAUCCAGGGCACGGUGACCUGCGACGCGCAGGUGGACCCCGCCACCUGGCGCGCCAUGUUUGACCGCGCGGCGGCCGCCACCUUUGGCCAGGUGGCGCUGGCGGCGGCCCCCGGCGCUGCCAGCCCUCAUGGCGGCCUGGUGGGGCUGGCGAGCGGCGCCGCCCACAACACGCCGCUCAUCCGCGACGGCGGCAGCCCGGCGGGGCAGAGGCUGGAGGGCGCCCUGACCGCGCUCAUGGAGGGGCUGGCCAAGGCGGUGGCCAGCGACGCGCGCGGCACCCGCUGCCUGAUCGAGGUGGAGGUGUCUGGCGCCGACAGCGAGGCAGCGGCCCGGCGCGCGGCGCUGGCGGUGGCCUCCAGCGGCGGCAUGCGCGCCGCGGUGGGGCGCUGCAGCCCCGAGGUGUCGCAGCCCAUCGUCGCAGCCCUGGGCGCUUCCGGCGUGCUGCUCGACCCAGCCGGGCUGCGCAUCUGCCUGGGCGGCAUGCCGCUGCUGCACCACGGCAAGCCCACCCCCAGCCUGCCCAGCGCCGCUGGGUACUGUGCUGAGUACCUGCACCUGGCAGCCGGCAGGCAAAGCCAAGUGCGGAUUGAUGUGAAGCUGGGCAGGGGAGUGCACACCGCGCGCGCCUGGGCCCCCGACCGCUCCUGA